AUGUCAAAGCGGCAAGCACUCGAGCCGCUCGAGGAUAUAGUCGAUGCGCCGUCGCCAGCUUCAAAACGAGCGCGCGUCGAAGACGAAGAAAUGGGGACUCCUGAGCCUCCGAAUGGCACCACCAAUGGACACCUCAUGCUCCCACGAAAGGAAGACCAAGAGAGGAUAGACAUUUUGGGGGCAGAGGCGGAGGAACAUGCGGAGCUUGUAGAAGCUGGAGCUGUGGAGGACGAUGAAGAUGACGAGCCAGCAGUCGGCGCACCAAGACGACAGAAAGCGCCCGAAGCUGGAUAUACCGACCUAUAUCUCGACACGAUAGACCGCAAAGUGCUCGACUUCGAUUUCGAGAAGCUCUGUUCCGUCACACUAUCCAAUAUAAACGUCUACGCAUGUCUUGUCUGCGGCAAAUACUUCCAAGGACGAGGCCCAAAAUCGCAAGCCUACUUCCACGCGCUCGACGAGAACCACCAUGUAUACGUAAACAUGGAGACGAAGAAAGUCUACGUCCUGCCAGAAGGGUACGAGGUCAUGUCGAAAUCACUGGAUGACAUCAAGUUCGUGGUGGAUCCGCGGCUUAGCAAGACUGAAGUUGCGCGCCUAGACAAGGAGCCGAAGGUGUCGUGGGAUCUGUCGAACAGGGAAUACAUACCAGGUUUCAUCGGUAUGAACAACAUCAAGGCGAACGAUUACUUCAACGUUGUCAUACAGGCACUAUCACACGUCACUCCUCUGAGGAACUACUUCAUGUUGGAGGACUUGUCGACCCGACCACAACUCGCUCAGCGAUUCAGCACCCUUGUUCGAAAGAUUUGGAACCCUCGCGCUUUCAAAACCCAUGUAUCGCCACACGAGCUGCUCCAGGACAUUGCGCUUCGAUCGUCAAAACGAUUCACACUCACCGAUCAGUCUGAUCCGGUGGACUUUCUGUCUUGGUUCUUGAACAAUCUACAUCUAGCGGUUGGUGGAUCGAAGACAAAACCGGGAUCAAGCAUAGUCCAAAAGGUUUUUCAGGGAACGCUCAAGAUCGAAUCACAAGAAAUUACAGCGCGCGCAGAUGCAGGCGACCGUCUGCGAUUCGAAGACGCAGCUGUCAAGACCGACAUCACAAAGUUUCUCGUCCUCACAUUAGAUCUACCCGCUGCGCCCUUGUUUCAAGACGCGCUAGAGAAAAACAUCAUCCCUCAAGUACCCCUUACCACGAUCCUAAACAAGUACAAUGGUCUGCACGCUCAGGAGAAGAUGAAAAACCGGGUGCGAUACCGGCUCCUGCACCCGCUGCCCCCUUACUUGCUGUUCCACAUCAAGCGAUUUAGCAAAAACAAGUUCGUCUCGGAGCGCAACCCCACUAUCGUCACUUUUCCUGCGCAGUCUCUCGACAUGGCUCCUUACGUGGAACCUAAUCCGAAGGAGUACCCGCCAGGAGAACCCAUCUACUACGAUCUUGUGGCCAACAUUACCCACGAAGCUGUCAAAAAGAAGGAUGACAGUGUGGAAGGUGAACAGGACAUGAAAGUUUGGAGGGUACAGCUGAAGGAUCGAAGUAGGGACGAUUGGUAUGGUGUCCAAGAUCUGUUCGUGGAGAAAGAACGAGGAGAGACAUUGUUCACGAAGGAGAGCUACGUGCAAGUCUGGGAAAGACGUAAAGGUCAGGCUGGUGCAAACUCAAAUGUGAGCAAGAAAGGCAAAGCAAGAGCUUGA